CUAACUUGUGUAAGCAACUGUAUAACUGAAUCUUUGCAUGACUUUUCACUAGUUUCACUGUCCUCAGCCUCAGCCUCACUCUUCAGCUCACUCUUCUACCUUGUACAAGCUCUCCAAAGCUUCCAACACGAAUUACACACACAUAUGUGCAGGUACUAGAUCAGUGUGUGAUGAAGGGAAAGACUCAGCACUGUCAUAAUCUUCCACCCUUGAAUUUCUAUUUCAGAUAUAGUUUGUUUCUCAUUUUAGUCGUCGUAAAUGUCUCAGCAACCAGGUUAAGUAACCAUGACAACGUUGGAGCUGAGUACAUUCCCCACAGACGACUAUUGCACAGCACUGAACAUUAUCCUUUAAUCAUUGAUCCUACUCUUGAGUUUGAAAAUCCAAGAAUUAAAAAUGCCUACAUUGCCUUGCAAGCUUGGAAGAAUGUCAUUCUUUCGGAUCCGUUUAACACAACUGCCAACUGGGUCGGGGCUUCUGUGUGCAACUACACCGGUGUCUUCUGUCAGCCCGCAUUGGAUGAUCCCAAAGAAAACACUGUAGCUGGCGUCGAUCUCAACCAUGCAGACAUAGCAGGUCACCUCCCUGGUGAACUUGGCUUUUUAUAUGACAUUGCCUUGUUUCAUGUCAACUCGAAUCGAUUUUGUGGUAACAUUCCUCAAACAUUUCUGAACAUGUACUUGUUGUUUGAGAUAGAUCUAAGCAACAAUCAUUUUGCUGGCAAGUUCCCCUCUGUUCUACUCAAACUCCCACAGCUCAACUACUUGGAUGUCCGAUACAAUGAAUUUGAAGGUGAGCUCCCGGAUGAGCUAUUCGAGAAGAAACUUGAUGCUGUGUUUGUGAACAACAAUCGGUUUGCCUCAGAAUUACCAAAAAACAUUGGCAGCUCAACAGUGUCUGUCCUUGUUCUAGCCAAUAACAACUUCCAUGGAUGCUUUCCUGCCAGUUUGACUAACAUGUCAGCUACUCUGCAGGAGCUUAUACUCCAAAACAACAAUCUACAAUCAUGUUUGCCAAUGGAUAUCGGAAACCUGAAAAAUUUGACAGUGUUUGAUGUGAGUCAUAACAAGAUAGAGGGUGCACUCCCUGAUAGUAUCACUAAUAUGGUGAACUUGGAGGAACUCAAUGUGGCUCAUAAUGUGUUUUCAGGGAGUAUCCCGAAAUCGAUUUGUGCACUUCCUCACUUGGUGAGUUUCACAUAUGAGUACAAUUACUUGACAGGAGAUCCCCCACAAUGUCUGAAUCUGCACGAAGAUAGGAAGAAUUGUUUGCGCAAUAGGCCAAACCAGAGGACUACAUCACAAUGUAGUUUAGUUUUGUCCAGGCCUACAAAUUGCAGCAAAUUUGGAUGUGCUCCACCACAUGCUCCUUACCUUCCUCCACCACCAAAACCAUCUCCGCCUCCACCUUCACCUCCCCCAUGCCCAUGUAGCCAUGACACUCCCUCACCGCCCCCACCACCUAAAGAAUUAUCUCCCCCACCUCUGCCUUCACCUCCACAAAAAUCUCCUACUCCAGUCCCUUCUUCACCCCCACCCCCCAAGUCAUCACCUCCACCUCCGCAACAAAAGUCAUCACCUCCACCUCCACCGCCACAUGCUGAUAUCCACCUACCUGCACCGGCCCCAUCAAAGGGCAAGCAACCACCACCUCCCUUACCAUGUUCUCACCCACAUCCGCCUCCACCUCCAACGCCUCCAAAGCCUCCACCAUGCUCACAGCAACAGCCACCACCACCAGAUACCUCAGCUUUAGCUGCCUCAACUUCACAUCUUACAGAAUCUUUUCGGCCUCCACCAUCCAUAUAAUCACAUAACUCCCCCUUCCUUGCCAGAACAAAACCUCCAUCCAGUCAAUACAUUGCAAUGUGCCAUGAUCGAUAAACCCACACAAUGACUAGAGGCAGGCUAGCUUCUCUAUGCACUGUCAAGAGAAUCAAA